GGAGCCCAUGUACGUCUGCGAGAUCGCCCCGCCUGCGCGCCGCGGCCAGUUCGUCAUCAUGAACGAGGCCGCGGUGUGCGUCGGCUGCCUGCUGGGCCUGGAGGUGGGCGCCGCCGUGGUCCGCGGCGGGAGCGCAGCGGCCGGCGCCUGGCGCCUCGCGGUGGCGCUUGGCGCGGUGCCCGCGGCCGUGCAGCUGUUCUUCAUCUUCACCCUCCCGGAGAAGCCCGAGGUGGCUAGCCCUGCACGGCGACACCGCGGGGCUCGCGGCCGCCUCCCACAGGCUGGGCCUCUCGGCCAAGGAGGUGCGCGACCUCAUGAGGAGCGCGUCAAAGGACGACGAGGACCCGGGGACCAAUCGUGCCAGGAGCUGGAGGGCUUCCCCCCGAUGGAGGGCCUCCUGCGGUGGCUGCGCCGUCUGUGCCGCGUGCAGCGGGCGGCCUGGAAGGCCCACUCCUCCUCGUUCCUGGUGGCCCUGUGCUUCUUCUUCUUCACGGCCGCCUCCGGGAUCUCAGGCAUGCAGUCGUACGCCUUCGACAUCCUGCUGGUGAGCGGUGUGGCGGAGCCGCUGCGCCUCCUGCCUCUCGUGGGCUGGGUCAAGCUGGCCGGUUCGCUGAUCGCGGCCGCCAGCGCGGACUCCCCGCGCGUGGGCCGGCGCGUGCUGGCAGUGGUCGGCAGCUGCAGCUGCAUGCUCUGCGACGCGGCACUGGCGGUGCAUCUGGCGAUGCCGGGCUUGCUGCCGCCUGCCGUACCCGCCACUGCCCUCUUCGUCUUCAUCUUCGGCUGGAACGUUGGGUUCGGAAGCCUCCAGUUCGUCGUCUCGCUGGAGGUGCUGCCGAACGAGGUCCGCUCCACCUGGUCGGGGCAGAUCUACGCGCUGGUGGGCCUGGUCGAGAUAGCGCUGCUGCAGCUCUUCGAGACGAUGCCCGCGGUCAGUCGGCCAUCCUGUAGGGAUGGGUGCCCAGGGACAACCAAAACAGGCUUCCCAGGUGAUCCUUUUCUUACUCUUUUUUUUGCCGUCCGGCGCGGGCCCUCUCUCUCUCUCUCUCUCUCUCCCCCCGGGAGCAGAUCUUGGCUGCUUUUGGCGCCUGCUUCGAGCAGGUGGAGCCUCUCCCUCGUAGGACGCAGUGCUGCAAACAGUCGCACUAAGCAGAGGUUCGGCGCCAGACCCCCCCCCCUCCCCCCCCCUCCCCGCCGCCCACCG